AUGCUGUUGCCGCGACUGCGAGCCACACCGGCUCUGAGGAGCCUUCAACCUCGUCGGCUGGUUUCGACAUUAUCGUCGAAUCCGCUCAUAAAAGUAUUUCCCAACGCCGCGCUGAACGGUGGUCAUGUCCUCACCUAUCUCGACACAAAUCCUCCUUCGCAAGAUCUAGCAAUCGGAUCAACCACAGAGCUGCCUCCCACCCCGCGCUCGUUCACCGAGAAUCCUAAAUUCAUGUCUAUCCUCUACGAAACCCUGGCCAAGCACGCUAAGAACGACCCGGGCUUGAAAAGUCAAGCACAAGCAUUCGCAGGCCCCGGAGGAGCAACCCUGGGCUCAGGAGGUGCCUUCUUUCCACAGCAGCGUGUCAAAAGGGGUAAGAAGGGCCAGGCUGCUGGUAUGGGCGGCGGCGGCGGGGCUGGUGGAGGAGGAGGCGGAGGUGCGAGUGCACAAGGAGGAGCCGGCGGUGGAGGUGUAGGCGGCUACGUUCAUCUGAGCGACGGCAGAAACCCACCUGACUUCGGCAGGAUAGCAUGGCCAGAGGACAUACUGGGCAGCAUUGAGGUCAAUGGGCAGGGUGAAAUUGUGGGGGAGUUCGAAUCCAGUGGCACAUAUCGCGUGGUCACAAAUGAGGGCAUUCUUGGACUCAGCGAGUUUCUGAGUGGCAAGGUGCGUGAGGAACUUCAGAAGUUGGAGACGAAACCAUGA